AUGAAAAGGAAGUUCUUAAGUAAAAUGUUGAUAUUAAUGUUUUGUUUGUUAAAUUUAAUAAAAACUACAACUUAUAAUAGUUCAAACCUAAAUAUUAAUGAAACGGAAGAAUAUGAUAGUUCAUCAAAGAACGAAUUCUUAGAAGAAAAACAAUUAAUAAUUGAUUUUCAAGUUAAUAAUGAGAAAUUAGUUAACAUAAAUGAUGAACUGAAAAAAGGAAGAGUAAACAAGAAAAGAUUAGAUGAAUUGACUGAUAGUUUGAAAAUCAUUUUUAAAACUCAUAUUUUAUUAAUGGAAAACUUAGUAAAACUACAAAAACAAAAACAUAGAAUUUUUGAACGAAUAGAAAUUAUGUUUGAAAACUUUAAACAUAAAGUUGAUUUUGUAAAGAAUUUAAUACAUGACUAUUAUAAAAAUAUUUUAAACAAAUCUAUAAUUAAAUUAGAAACUAUUACUGAGGAAUCUUAUCAUACUGAAUUAGAAACUAUUAUUGAAGAAUCAGAUACAGAAUUAGAAACUAAUAAUUAA